CAAAAUAUAAAUAUAUAAUCAAUGGUUAGUUUGUCGACAAACUUAUCGAUAUUUACACCAAAACUAAUUUAGAGGACAAACGAUCAGCAUUUGAUAGAUAUCGGCGAUCAAAUGGCCACUAAUAAGCGUGUACUGUAUUGCGGCGGUCUCUCGGAAGAAGUGGAUGAUAAGAUACUUCAGGCGGCGUUCAUACCAUUUGGUGAUAUCAUUGACAUUAACCUUCCGAUCGAUUUCUCGACACAAAAACACAGAGGAUUUGCUUUCAUUGAGUUCGAGUCGGCCGAAGACGCGACCGCAGCAAUCGAUAACAUGAAUGACUCGGAAAUUUUCGGCAAAACAAUUCGCGUCAAUACUGCUAAACCUAUCAAAUUAAGAGAAGGUUCGGCCCGUGCCGUCUGGUCAGAGGACACAUGGCUCCAGAAACACGCGGGAAAAACGCUUACAGACGGACAAUAUAAAGAUGAAAAUGAAAGCGAACGACAAUCCGGUGAAAACAUUGAUACAAAUACUAAAGACAAUGGUCUCAACACUGUAACUGAUGCUGAACCAGAUGUUGAUGAAGAUGAGACACCGGAGAUUAAGAAAUUGAAAGAAAAUCCUAACGUAUUUUUUGAUAUCAGAAUUGAUGGACAAUUUUCUGGAAGAAUACGAAUAAUGCUUCGAAAAGAUGUCGUUCCGCUGACGAGUGAAAACUUUCGUUGUCUUUGCACUCAUGAGAAGGGAUUUGGAUUCAAAAAUAGUACUUUUCAUCGAAUUAUUCCUAAUUUUAUGAUCCAAGGAGGAGACUUUACCAAUGGUGACGGAACGGGUGGUCGCUCUAUAUAUGGUCGUAAGUUUGAAGACGAAAACUUUGUACUUAAGCACAACGUCGCCGGAUUGUUAUCAAUGGCCAAUUCGGGUCCAAAUACUAAUGGCUCACAAUUUUUUCUAACAACUGCUCGAACUGAAUGGUUGGAUGAUAAACAUGUCGUGUUUGGUCAGGUAGUACAGGGUAUGGAAGUGGUUAAGCGUAUAGAACAAUGCGGAACCAAAAGCGGUAAACCGACCAAAAAAGUGGUUAUAAGUAAUUGUGGAGAACUUGUAUAAUACUGUAAUAUUAACUUGAAUUAUAUAUAUAU